AUGGAAAACCUAAUGGUGCCUUUUGCUACUUCAGCUUUAGCCGGGGAGGUGUUCCCUUUCAAAGAAGAAGAAAAGAAAAUAGAGGAAUCUGCAUUAGAGAAUGGACGUUCAAUGAUCAGUACUCCUACCAUCUCCCAGUUCCAUGGGGUGGAUGACGCAGAGAUGGCCAAAGUCAUUGCUCACUAUCUCCACAGUUUAACUCACAUAAAGGAUCACAUCUUAGGUUAUCCAACUAAUCUAGACUUCAACUACGAUGCACUGGUGCAGUUGCUACGUUUCCACUUGAACAAUGCUGGUGAUCCAUUUAUUGGAAACGGUUAUUCGCUGAACUCAAAUCCAUUUGAGCUAUGCGUGCUGGAUUGGUUUGCCAAACUAUGGCAAAUAGAGGAGAAUGAGUACUGGGGAUAUGUUACCAAUGGUGGUACUGAAGGAAAUUUUCAUGGGAUUUUAGUAGGGAGAGAACUAUAUCCUGAUGGAAUUCUUUACACAUCACGGGACUCGCAUUAUUCAGUGUUUAAAGUAGCCAGGCUUCUUAGAAUCAAGUGUGUGGUGGUAGGGACUCUAAUCUCAGGUGAGAUUGACUAUAAGGAACUAAAGGCGUCUCUUUUAUCAAACAAGGACAAGCCAGCAAUCAUCAACCUAAACAUAGGGACAACUUUAAAGGGAGCCAUUGAUGACCUUGAUCUUGUACUACAAUCACUUGAAGAUUGUGGUUUCACUCAAGAUCGAUUCUACAUUCAUUGUGAUGCCGCAUUAUUUGGAUUGAUGGUACCUUUUGACAAUGGGGCACCAGAUAUUUCUUUUAAAAAACCUAUCGGAAGCGUAACUAUUUCUGGCCAUAAGUUCCUGGGCUGUCCAAUGCCUUGUGGCAUUCUGAUAACUCGUUUAAAAUACAUUGAUUUUCUCUCAAGAGAAGUAGAAUACAUCGCUUCAAGAGAUGCCACCAUCUCAGGAAGUCGAGGAGGCCAUGCUCCGAUCUUCAUUUGGUAUGCUCUCAACAAGAAAGGCUUCAAUGGCCUUCGAGAAGAAGUUCAAGAGUGCAUCAAGAAGGCGGUCUACCUUCAAGAUUGCUUGAGAGACCAGGGCAUCGGAGCCAUGUUAAACAAGUCUAGCAACACUGUGGUGUUUGAGAGGCCUCGAGAUGAUGCGUUUGCUCGUAAGUGGAGCUUGGCUAACAAUGGGAAUAUAUCACACGUGGUAGUGAUGCAACAUGUGUCGGAGGAAAUGUUAGAUUCCUUUGUGAGUGAGUUUGUGAAGAAUCGGUCUGCAUGGUAUCAAGAUUAUAAGAGGCAAAUGCAGCCUCCUUGCAUUGCUGAAGAUAUUGGUAUUGAGAAUUGCGCUUGUGCUUUUCACAAGAUGUCGAUUUCAUGA